GGCUCAGGUAGCAGCGUUGAGCCGUGUUUAGUUGGAGUCAGCGAGCAGCCCCUUGCGAAUCGGCUCUGCUCCACUGAAGUAGCUUGACCUCCAGCCGCCGGGCUCGUCACACAGGAGGCGGAGGAGAGGACAAUGUCUCCUGCACAAAGAUCGAACUGUACCGACUCGAACUUCCACUGAUCCAAAGGAGAGAGAGAAAUCGCGCCAGUUAGAUAAAGGAGGGGAUUAAAAUACAGGAAAAAAAAGUUGCUGCAAACUCCUACGAAACUUUGCAGAAGUUUCCAUCCUCAGCUAUCAGUGCACCUCGGAGUUAAAUCCGGAGCUGGCUGCAAGUGACCGUCAACCGAACGCAAUUCUUUCAGUGUUGGAUGUGUUACUUGGUCGAACUGAGGUGAACCAAAAUAACCCGUUAGUGCAAACAGGGAACUCGAGAAGGGACCCAAGUGAUCGCAGCUCGGUGCUUUGGAAGUAGGGAUUGAAUAGGUUUAUUGUAGCUAGAAAGGGGUUGCCUAAAACAAAGCGGAAUCGGCGAGAGAAGGUACUUGUGGGCGCCGUGUGAGCUUUUCCAAGUAGGUUCACGCGUUCCACAUUUUCUUCUCCAAUUCAUGUGACAGCCGACCGUGAAAUGGCUGAACCGCGCUGCAACCGAGCCAGGCUCUGACAGACAAGUCUGACAGACUGAAACCCCCGCACUGCACCGAAGUGAUGAAGUGACACUCGAUUUGAAAAGAAAUUAGCGCUGCUCCUCAGACAUCGUGCGAGGCCGAAAGGAAGGUACAAUAUUAAUGAAACUUAAAAUACAAGAUUCAAAGCUCGAAAAGCCAAAACACUAACCUGUAAUAAGGCAGGAGUGGGAUAAAAAGGCUCCAAGACGGAAAGUGUCAGAUUUGGAGGUAAAAAAAAGCCCACAGUAGGAAGGGACAGAGAUUGGCCGAAUGCGUGAGGGGGAAGUGAGAACAAGAGGAGCUGUUGGAAGUAGUGGCAGAGGGCACGAGUUUCUAUGUGCUGGUGUUGCUCUGGGAUUAUGGCUCUAAACCUGAAAGAGUUUCAAUAACAGGUGCAACAUGCUCACACAAGCCAGCUCCGGUCCUCUUACUGUCUCGGAAUCCUGAGAACCAACUGCUCCGUGCUGACUCCGUGGGCAUCUUCAUCCUAAGAGUUUUAUUGCCAACCAAUACACUGCUUUCCAAGAAAAGAAUUCUGAUUGGCUUCAAAAGCCUGGAAAUUUACCAGUAACUCGGAGCUGAAAAUGCAGAGUGCGGUGGCGGUGCGAUUGCUGGCCCAGGGAGCGCUCCAUGCUGGUGUUACCCCGGCCAGGCUGACCAUGACUGGCCUUCACCUUCUGUUGGCUGCCGCGUUGCUAUCCAGCUUUUCCCAGGGUCUGGUUCAGGCAAACUCUUGGUGGUCUUUGGCUAUGAACCCAAUUCAACGGCCUGAGAUGUAUAUAAUUGGCGCCCAACCUCUCUGCAGUCAACUGAACGGUCUCUCGCAGGGGCAGAGGAAAUUAUGCCAGUUGUACCAAGAUCAUAUGGUUUACAUCGGAGAAGGGGCAAAAACGGGUAUCAAGGAAUGCCAAUACCAGUUCAGACAGAGGCGAUGGAACUGCAGCACCGUAGAUAACACCUCCGUGUUUGGAAGGGUAAUGCAGAUAGGGAGCCGGGAGACUGCUUUCACUUAUUCUAUAUCAGCAGCAGGAGUUGUGAAUGCAAUAAGUCGAGCAUGUCGCGAAGGGGAGCUCUCGACCUGUGGGUGCAGCCGUGCUGCCAGACCCAAAGAUCUUCCCCGAGAUUGGCUGUGGGGUGGCUGUGGGGACAAUGCAGAAUAUGGCUACAGGUUUGCCAAAGAAUUUGUGGAUGCCAGAGAGAGGGAGAAAAAUUACCCCAAAGGCUCAGAAGAUCAUGCCAGGACGCUAAUGAACCUGCAGAACAAUGAAGCUGGCAGGAGGGCUGUGUAUAAUCUGGCAGAUGUGGCAUGCAAAUGCCAUGGCGUUUCUGGCUCCUGCAGCCUGAAGACAUGUUGGCUUCAAUUAGCUGAUUUCCGGAAGGUGGGUGAUCUGCUGAAAGAAAAGUAUGACAGUGCAGCUGCCAUGAAAAUCAACCGCAAAGGGAAGCUGGAACUGGUAAACAGUCGCUUCAAUCCUCCCACUGCAGAUGAUCUUGUUUAUCUUGACCAGAGCCCUGACUAUUGUGUGAAGAAUGAGACCACGGGCUCACUAGGCACAACAGGCCGCCUUUGUAACAAGACCUCUGAGGGAAUGGAUGGCUGUGAGCUAAUGUGUUGUGGACGGGGUUAUGACCAGUUCAAGACCGUGCAAGUCGAAAGAUGCCAUUGUAAAUUCCAUUGGUGCUGCUAUGUCAAAUGCAAAAAGUGCACCCAAAUAGUUGAUCAGUUUGUUUGCAAAUAAUUUAACUCAAAAAAACCCUUCUGUUGUAAUGAGUGCCCGGAAAGUCUACACUUAUCCAAGCACUACUGCUAAUAUGGUGAAUGUAUGCAUCCUCAGACUUCAGAAGAGAAACAGAAUCACUUACCAGAUAAAAUGAACAGCUUUAUAAUCACUUCUAAAAGAAUAUAUAUAUAUAUAUAAAAUUAACUGGAUCUAGUUACUGCACUCUGCCUUUAGCCUCUCUGGCUCUCCUUGUACAAUGUAUAUGAGUGUAGCAUUAAUGACCAAGUCUUGUCUGCUGACUAUUUAUUGAAGAUGAGGUCACAAAAUUUUGCAUUCUGACCUAAUUUAAUUCAGUUUUGAAAGCUAGCUUUUGUCUUUUUCUCCCAUCAGCAUUUUUACCAGCUAUUUCAGUAAAGUACCAUAUCCGUUGUAAAUAAGCAUAACAACCUUAACACCAAUAGCUGGGACUGCUCACAAACAAGGAAACCUACAAGUGAACUUAAAGAGAAAGGAAAAAGAUCCUGUAAGGUGUGGGUAUCAGUUUACUUAAUUCAUUUUAAGUUGCUUAAUAAUUUUCUCUUUCAAAUAGCUGUAAGUGUAUAUUGUAUUUUGCGACCUAAUAACCUGCACUGUUGUUUUGCAAAAUUUAUUAUCCAUCUUUGCAAGGUACUUGUAUACUUUUAACUUACAUUCUGCACAAAUGUGUAUAUAUGCUUGUACUUAAAAUAUGUGCCAGAAUGAAAACAGGCAUGUCACUACUCUUAUACCGCAAUUUCGAUUUGUGCAAAGAUACAUAUUUUAAGAUUAAAUAUCUUUUGGUUGCAUAGAAUGUUAUAAAUAUUAUUUCUCUUUAAUAAUAGUUAAAAUUUAAAAGUGGAAACACACAGCUUUAAAAUAAAAUGUGUGGAGAUUGGGAAUACUACGUUUGUGGGAAUAAAACCAAAUGAAAAAGCAUACUCAAUAAAAAAUAUUCUCAGAAAGCUAAAACUCAAAUGCUGGCUGCCCUAAAACAACAGAACCAUCUUUUCAUUUGUCUAUCUGUUGACUUUGAAUGAGACUUAAUAAAUUAAAUAUAUCAAUGAUGCAUUAAAUUUAUUAAUUUUUGUCAGUUUUCCUCAACUGAUGAUGGAUAGUAAGUUCUAAAAGUAUAAAUGAGAACCUGUACAUACCAAGUUCAUAGAACCAUGGAGCAGGAGUAGGUUACUUGGCCCUUUAAGCCUGAUGUAUCAUUCAAUAUGAUUACCAUAUUACCAUUUUACUGCUUGCUCUCCAUACCCCAAGUUGCCUUUUGUGUCCAGAAAUCUAUAUUUCUCCUUACUUGGCUUUCUGUGGUAGAGAAUUCCACAAGUUCACCACCCCUUGAAUGAAGAUAUUUCUCCCUAUCUCAGGCCUAAAUGUUAUACCCACUACCCUGAGACUUACACCCCACUUGCCGGGCAAACAACCUGCAUCUAGCUACUUCAUCCCUGUUAGGAUUUUGUACGUUUCAUUGAAAUCUCUCAUUCUUCUAAACUCUUGUGAAUAAAGGCCAGUCAACCCAAUCUCUCCUCAUACGGCAGUCCAACCACCCCAGAUUUCAGUCUGAUAAGCCUUCCUCAAUAGCAUAGAUACCCUUUCUUAGUGUGGGAGACCAAAAUGGCACACAAUACUGCAGAUGUGCUCACUAGCUGUGUAAUUGUAGUAAGACAACUUUGCUUCUGUAUGCAAAACCCUUGCCUUCUUUCCUCUUUGCUUCACCUGCAUGUUGGCAUUCAGUGACCAGUGUACAUGAACACCCUUUGUCCAUCAACAUAUCUCAAUCCAUUGCUAUUUAAAUAAUGCUUUGCUUUCUAUUUUUCCCAGCAAAGUUGAUAACAUCAUAUUUUUUCAUGUUAUACUACAUCUGCCAUGUAUUUGCCCACUCAUCAACUUGUCUAAAUUGUCUUGAAGUCUCUUUAUGUCAUCCUCACAACCCCAUCCAGUUUAAUGUUAUUGGCAAACUUAGGAACGUUACAUUUGAUUCCCGCAGCCAAAUCAUUCAAUGGGUGCCGCGAAUAGCUGGGGCCCAGGCACUGAUCCCUGUGUAACCCUCUGCCACCCUGAAAUCAUUUAUUCCUACUCUCUGCUUCCUGAUUGUCAACCAAUUUUCAAUCUAUGCCGGUAUAUUAACCCCAAUCCCGUGUGCUUUAAUUAUGCAAACUAACAUUUUAUGUAGAAGUUUAUCAAUGGCCUUCUAAAAAAUUCAAAUACACCAAAUUAUCUGGUUUUCCCUUAUCUAUUCUUCUCCUUAAAAACUCCAAUGAAUUUGUCAAACACUAUUUCCCUUUCAUAAAUCAAUGUGGACUUUGUCUAAUCCCACUGAUACUUUCUAAGUGUUCAUGACAUCCUUUAUAAUCGCCUUUAGCAUUUACCUCACUGCUAACAUUAGGCUAGCCAGACUGCAGUUUUCUGCUUUCUCUCAAUUCUUAUGUAAUUAUUAGGGUUAUCAUUGCCACCUUCCAAUCUGCAGGAACUAUUUCUCAGUGUAUUGAAUUUUGAAAGAUGAUAACCAAUGUAUCAAUUAUUUCUAUGGCUACGUCUUUUAGUACUCUGGAAUACAGCUGUGGAUUUAUGGGCUUAGCGUCUCUGGCAUUUCCCCCACCCACCCCAUUUCACUUCUUUUCCUUUAUUUUGGAUGGAAUAUUUGUGACAUCUGGUAACCACACACCUAUAUGUUAAUGCACUAUUUGCAAAAUGUUUGAAAUUGGUUGAAAGAAUGAAAGAAAUGUUCAACGGUUGUGGAAAUUGAUUGAAGAAGUCUUUUUACAGUUUAAUUGUUUACAUUGUAUUGGAAUGAUGAGGUAUUUCUAUUUAACAAUAUGUUGUUAUCUCAUGUAUCUGCAUUUCAUUUCAAUGCAAGAAACACAUAAGCCAUUCACUUGUGUCACCGUCUAGAUCUAAAGUAAAAAUUGUAAUGAUACUUUUUAAUUAACACAGGUUUGGUAGCUAUAAAUUAUUUAACAUAAAGUCUAAUUAGAUAACAACCCUUUCUUCACUGCAAAGUUUCUUAAAAUGGCAUUCUUACCUCAAACAACUAUAAUAAAGAUUUUGGAGAAUUC